ACCCCAAAUCCCCCCCGGCGUCCUGAGGAGCUCCCCUGCCCCGAGGGAGCGCCCCAAAGGGAUUCCCUGGGCGGGGGGCUUUUUGGGGGGCUUUCCCCUCUCCCCUUGCGCAGGUCCCCCCGCAGCCGUGCCCCCCGGGGUGUCCCCUGGCCAAGGUCACCAGGCGAUGCGUCCUGCUGGCCCUGGCACCGCUUGGCUCUGGGGAGGGCUCCGGGGGGCUGCCGGGGGCAUCCCAGCGGGGAUGGAGGGAUGGAGCCUGGGGCUUGGGGACCCCCGUGUGUCCUGCCAGCCCCUUGGGGACAGUGACACAGCUGCCAGGGGACCACUCAGACAGAGCUCAGCCCCCUCGCGGAGCACCUGCUCCUGGUGGGAAUGCAGCCCCCCGGGGUGGGCACCAACUGGAAACUGUGCUCGGCCACAUCGGCAGCCCAGCGCCGUGACUGAGCCCGAGCCGGGGCAGAGUCCAGGCUGGCCGGGCACUGGGGACACGGGGCGGGCGCUGCGGGGGGUUCGCUGCCUGCCCCUUGCCCUGCCCGGCCCCGUCCUGCUGAGCGCAGCGUGGCACGGCUGCUGGGUGCUGGGUGCUGGGUGCUGGGUGCUGGGCUCGGGGGGCCAGGGUGGGCCGUAGGAAACAGCGCUGAUCCCUCGAGGAAUGGCAGGCGUGCCGGGGCAGGCGAGGGCUUGUCGUGCCGCCGGCUUGGUUUUCCUAAUUCUGCGUCCUGCUUCGGAUCCACGCCGUCCCCCGGGCUCCGCGCUGCGCCCGUGUGAGAGGAACGUCUCCCGGGGAGAGAAGACGCCGCGGCGGCGUGUCCUUCGAUGUGCCGAGGGGUGCCCGCGGCUGCAGAGGAGCAGCUCAGUGUGGCAGCACCCUCCUAGAUGACGGUGCCGGGGCCGGAGCUGCCGUCCCACCGCCGCGCCACCAGCACCAUGGCCAAGCAGGAUGAGAGCAAGAAGCCGCCCUCGGAGACAGCGCCGGACCAGCGCUGGAAGCUGCAGGUCUUCUACCUCUGCUUCUACGGCUUCAUGACGCAGAUCCGGCCCGGGGAGAGCUUCAUCACCCCCUACCUGCUGGGGCCCGACCAGAACUUCACACGGGAGGAGGUGACCAACGAGAUCACGCCGGUGCUGAGCUACUCGUACGUGGCGGUGCUGGUGCCCAUCUUCCUGCUGACCGACUACCUGCGCUACAAGCCCGUGCUGGUGCUGCAGAGCCUGAGCCACAUCUCCAUCUGGCUGCUGCUGGUGCUGGGCACCUCCGUGCUGGCCAUGCAGCUGAUGGAGUUCUUCUACGGCGUCACCAUGGCCGCCCGAAUCGCCUACUCCUCCUACAUCUUCUCCCUCGUCGCCCCGUCCCGCUACCAGCGCAUGGCCAGCUACUCGCGCACCGCUGUGCUCCUGGGCGUCUUCACCAGCUCGGUGCUGGGGCAGCUCUGCGUCACGCUGGGCGGCGUCCCCUUCCUCACCCUCAACUACGUCUCGCUGGGCUUCGUCACCUUCGGCCUCCUCCUCACCCUCUUCCUGGAGCGGCCCAAGCGCAGCCUCUUCUUCAACCGGCCCGAGGGGGCUUGCAACGGGGCUGCUGCGCCCACCGAGCUGGAUAAGAUGGCCGGGGGGGACGGCGAGGGGGCACAGGGGGGCUGGAGGGACAUGGUGCUGUGCCGCAUGCUGCGGGAGGUGUGCGCCCUGGCCAAGCAGUCGCAGCUCCAGCUCUGGUCCUGCUGGUGGGUCUUCAACUCGGCCGGCUACUACCUGGUGCUGUACUACGUGCAGAUCCUCUGGAACGAGAUCUACCCGGCCAAGGACAACCGCCGGGUGUACAACGGCGGGGUGGACGCCGCCUCCACGCUGCUGGGGGCCAUCGCCUCCUUCGUGGCCGGCCACGUGAAGAUCCGCUGGGCGCUGUGGUCGGCGCUGGUGAUCGGGUUGGUGACGGCCGUCCAGGCGGGGCUGCUGAUGCUCAUGAACACCACCAGCAACAUCUGGCUGUGCUACGCCGCCUACGUCCUCUUCCGCGGCUCCUACCAGUUCCUGGUGCCCAUCGCCAUUUUCCAGAUUGCUACCUCCCUUUCCAAAGAGCUCUGCGCGCUCGUCUUCGGGGUCAACACCUUCUUCGGCACCGUGCUGAAGACCAUCAUCACCAUCAUCGUGGCCGACAAGAGGGGCUUGGGCCUCUCCGUGCAUCCCCAGUUCUACGUCUACUUCGGCUACUUCAUGCUGCUGGCAGCAGCCUACCUGAUGGUGGCCGUCGCCGUGGGCGUCCGGCACAGCCGCCGCGCGCAGCCACCGGAGCCGGUCCCCGCCACGGCUGCGGUGCGGGAGAAGAGCCCAGAGGCAGACGCCACGGAAGCCUGAGUGUCAACACCCAGCUGGGCAGGACGGACGGAGAGCUGGAUGGACAGACAGACCGACAGACGGGCUCCCUUGGCACAGCGCCUGGCCCCGGCAGCGGGUCAGGGCUCGGUAACCGAGCGUCACCACCACCACCACCGGCGUGUGCUGGUCCUGAGGAUGCAGGGACCCACCUUCUGCCCCAGCUGCUCCGUGGGGUGCAGAGGAGGAUGCUGGCGUGGCGCAGAGCCAGCAGCCAGCCCCGAGGCUUGCUCUUCCCACCCCUUUUGGGGGCUGACGUGGCCCCAAACACGACCAGAGCGGAGGCAGGGUGCCCGCGGCAGCACCACCAGGUACCACGCGAGGGGAGCGGCGGGGGUCCAGGGGGGCCCGGGCACCGGCUCCCCAUCGUCCUGCAGAGCUGUGUGGAGCCAGGCUACAAGAGGAUAACAUUUCUUUAUUCAGUGCCUUUAGAAAAUGGUUUAUGGGACACAACGGACAAAAAUAUAAAGAUCCACAGGCUUUAAAUUGCAUUAAUUACACAAAAUACAGUAGACUGUAAGAAAUAGAGGCCGUGUGACUCGCACAGCUUUUAUGGUAAUAAUUUCCAUACAAUAAUAAAAAGCUAGUUACAGAUU